AUGUCGCAUCUCAAACAGCGUCUGAAAAUCAACGUCUUGUGCGUCGAAGGUCUUGACGGCGCGGGGCUCAGCGCCAACCAAGGCUGCUACGUAAAGUUCCGCUGGCGGGGCGAAAAAUACAAAACGGAGCCGAAGAAACGCGAAGGCAGCCGUAUGCAGUUUGCCUUCACCGCCAUCCUCCCCUUCGAGAGCGACGUAGACCCCAACUCCCUCGUCGUCCAGCUUUGGUCCACCUCCACGUUCUCCCACAAAAAGAUUGCCGAGACAACCGUCGACUUGACAAAGGCCCCAACGACAGGCAGCGCUCAGUUCUCCUUUCCCCUGGUUCCUGAAGGUCGGCGUCUCGGCGCGGCUCCAGUCCUCGUUCUGGCGCUGCAGGCGCAAAGUUUCGACCAGGCGGCGAGCAACGCCGAGCUCCAGCGCCGGCUGCAGCAACACGCAGACGAGCAGCGGAAGAAACGGGAAUUCGAGCGACAGCAAACAGUGCUGGAGCAGCGACUCCUGGCUGGCCGGCCGCCUCCGUCUGUCUCUUCCCCGCCGCCGUACGCAGCGCCUGGCUACGCGCCGUCCCCCCCGCCCUGCGCCGGGUACGGUCCCACCUGCCCCACAGCCCCGUCGCCGCCGACGCAGGCGCAUCCGGCGGCUCCAGGGGCGUACCCGAACUACCCGUACUACCCUGGCGCGCCCUCGGGCGCUCCCCCGAAUGCAGGAGGCGUCGCCAACGCCUUGCCGCAGCCGCAGGCCUACCCGGCGUACACGCCGAACGCGGGGUUUCCAGCGCCUCACGCGCCGUACAGCGCGGCGCAAAGCGCACCCGGACACGCCUACCCUCCUCAGUACGGAUGGGCAACUCCGCAACAGCCCGUGUGCGUGCCUGUGCUCCCGCAGGCCCCGCCGCCUCAGCAGCAACAGGCUUCGGUGACGCCGUCGGGGCACUGGGACGAGGAGGCGAUCAAGUAUAUAAAAAACAUCCUCCCGCAGUGUUCCCGAAAAGAAAUUGAAGGGGCCUUGUCCGAGGCAGGCGGCGACAGGGAGAAAGCUGUUGACAUUCUCCUGAAGCGUUUGGUGGCGCAUUCAGCGGAGGAAAAUGAGAACCAAGUACACGAGCUCGAGCACCAGAUGUUAGUUUUUUUAGAGCGGGAAGGUCGCCGAAAGGCUCUGCUGAUUGGCAUUAACUACCGAGCGACGCGGGCGGAACUCCGCGGCUGCGUGAACGACGUUUACCGGAUGAGAACUUUGCUCUGCGCGGUUUACGGUUUCCACGACUCCUCAACGACUCUCGUGGCGCUUACAGACGACAACCCAAACAGCCUGUACCGCCCUACCCGCAACAACAUCCUAAAGGCGAUGCGAUGGCUGACGAUCGAUAACCGACCAGGCGACUCUCUUUUUUUCCAUUACUCUGGACAUGGCGGGAGACAAAUCGAUCGGAGCGGCAUUGAAGAAGACGGCUACGACGAAACGAUUCUUCCUGUCGAUUUCGACACUGCGGGACAAAUCCUCGACGACGAGCUGCACGCGUUUCUGGUCCAACCGCUGCAGAGCGGCUGCAGGCUGACGGCUGUGAUGGAUUGUUGCCAUAGCGGCACUGGCCUCGACCUCCCCUUCACCUGGAACACUCCCAAGUGGCGGUGGGAAGAAGAAACGAAUCCGUUCUACGUCCUCGGAGACGUCCAGAUGUUUUCCGGGUGCCAAGACGACCAGACUUCCGCAGACUUGGCUGGCCACGAAGACCGCGCGCCGGGAGGUGCGAUGACCACGGCGUUCAUUGCCGUGCUGACUCUCAGGCCCUUUGGCCAUUCUUACCCCUCUUUAAUGCAGGGACUCACCGACAGCAUGGUCGCCCGAGGCUUGUCGCAGCGGCCCCAACUGACGUCGUCUCAGAAAUUCGACUUCAACAGGCCCUUCAACCUGGCGGACGUCAUCCCAAACCAGAACAAAGUGCUCGGGAGACAGAUUCGCCGCCGUCGGAAGGCGCUGCCUGCCGGCGCAGAGGCCCGCGGCAGACCGGGCGCCGGCAUCGGCGACGUCAUGCUUCUAGCCGGAGCCGGCUUGGCGACGGGGCUCCUGGUCGGCUCGCUGCUGAACGACUGA